AUGUCGUCGUCAUUGAACGUGAUUGCUUUAAUCUCCGGGGGCAAAGACUCGCUCUUCUCCAUUCUCCACUGUCAAGCAAACGGCCACACCGUCGUAGCACUGGCCAAUUUGCACCCAGCGCCUUCUAGCAAUAAUGAUGAGGACAUUAACAGCUACAUGUACCAGACCGUGGGGCACUCCGUCAUUCCUCUCUACGAAGAAGCGCUAGGGAUCCCUCUCUAUCGACAAGAGAUUACGGGUACCGCCGUAGACUCUAAUAGAGACUAUGCGACACCUUUGCAAAAGCAAGAGCAGGAUGAAACUGAAGACCUGGUACCGCUGUUGAGAAGGGUUCUGGAAGCACACCCUGAGGCCAACGCUGUAUCUACAGGGGCUAUCCUGAGCACAUAUCAACGCACGCGUGUGGAGUCUGUAGCGCUCAGGCUGGGACUCACCCCACUGUCGUAUCUAUGGCAGUAUCCUCUGUUGCCACCGUACACACAGUCGUCACUUCUGCACGAUAUGACGGCUAUCGGGCAAAAAGCAAUCAUCAUUAAGACGGCGUCAGGUGGUCUAGAUGAGGACUUUUUGGGUCUCGAUGUCGCUAACUACAAGACUAUAGCUAGAGUGGCCAAGGCAAUGGGACGCUAUGGUGAUGCUGGCGACGGCGCGAUACUAGGUGAAGGGGGUGAAUUUGAGACAUUGGCUCUGGAUGGGCCAAGAUCGCUCUGGAAGAAGAGGAUCAGGAUCGACAAUGGACCACCCGGGAAGCUGGACGGCGGCCAAGCAGUGCUAAAGAUCAAGAGCAGCAUACUUGAGGAGAAGAGCGCAGACGACGCCGGACCUAUUGAUCCACUAAGAAUACCAGAGCUCUGGGACGAGGAGUUCGCGAGGUUGAUAGAAGCCACAGAUGCCAGCAACGAGAGUAGUCAAGGCAUACCCGUUGACACGGGAUCUGUUAUCCAGUCUUCUGGGCCUGUCUCUCGACUGGAUAGCACAUCAGUAGUAGAUUGGCUUCCCAGGAAUGUAUUCAGUGAUACUUCGACGGUCUUCACAUACUCCAAUCUAACGAGCGAUGCUCCCACCGCUGCUUCACCCGAUUCUCCCUCUCGCCAACUUUUCAAGAUCUUCCUCCGUCUCGAUCAUAUCUUGAAGCAAUCACGUAUUCCCAAGAACAGCGUCAAUCAUUGUACGCUACUUCUCCGCGAUAUGGCAGACUUUACAGUUCUCAAUCCCAUCUACGCGCAAUACUUUAGCCACGUGAACCCACCAGCUAGAGCCACAAUAGCAGUUGGAGAUACAAUGCCCAAGGGCGUACAUGCCAUGCUGAGUGUAGUUGCGGACAAGGACGAAACAGAUCAGGAUAGAAAGGUAUUGAGACCAGUAAGGAGACAAGGGCUGCACGUACAAGGGCGAAGCUACUGGGCACCAGCAAACAUCGGACCGUACAGCCAAGCCAUCUCUGUACAUCUACCUCCUCACAACGAGCUCAACGAAAGCGAUAGUCAGAGUAGUGGAGAAGUGGUAUACGUAGCUGGUCAGAUUCCCCUAGUCCCCGCAUCCAUGGAGGUCUACAAGGAAAACGGCUUCAGAGGUCAAGCAAUCCUCUCCCUACAACAUCUCUGGCGUAUCGGCCGUACAAAACGAGUUAAAUGGUGGGCAGCAGUUGUAGGUUUCAUCCCAGCAUCACCAUAUCCAGAAGAGUCCGUACAAGUAGCCCAAGAAGUCUGGCGAACGAUCCACACACCACCCCACUCAUCCUCUCUCAAUAAUUCCGAUAAUGAAGAGGACGAAGACGCAGACAUGGACCCCUGGGACCGCCUGAAUCAACACCACGGCACCUCAACAUUCAAGGAUUUAACCUAUCGCUCUCCCAUCCCCGAUCGCUCUGCCCUCUCUACUUCCAAGUUUCAAGUUCAGGACCGAAACAUAGACGCGGAUAUUAGCAAGACAUCAGUACCAAUACCGCCCUGUUUCAUUGCCCAGGUCUCCUCUCUACCACGUGGUGUGGAUAUAGAGUGGAGUGCUACAGGCCUGACAGCUCCCUCCAACUCCUUUGAGCGUGAUCCCAAGGUCCCCCAUUUUACUACUACAAUGCCGCGGGAUACGCGAUCGAGGUUCUUUACCCUGGAGAUUAGGAAUGAGGGAGACGUGGAGUUGCUGGGAAAGCAAGAGUGGACGAGCGCUACGUUGUAUGUUGGAAGACGGUUCGAGUGGUUUGACAAAGAGAGAGUAGAUAUGAAGAUGGAGGGUGUGCAGUGGAUUCCUUGUCAGAGGGUUUGGGGCGAGGAAGGGAGGGAGGCUUCUGCGGUUUUCGUGGGGAGGACUGAUGGGUGA